AUGAUGACCAUGGCGCAUAAUCAUGAGGAUGUGCCUAAGCGGCCCAAAGGCAUCCUCAAGAACUCCAGCGGAAAUGUCCCUCAGACAGCUCGCGCGACAGAGAAUUUCUUCAUUAACCCAGUACGCAUGGAGAACGUCGAUACGAAGGAAAUUACCCUGCAGAACACGCUUCAGAACGCUGGUCGGCGCCGGUCGUCAUCCAAUCGCCCUGGUUCGUCCUCUCGACGACAAUCUUUGGCGAGCGUCCGCAGCCACGACCAGGAGAUUUCUCCGCGCUUGAAGUGGGACGAAGCGAACCUGUACCUGACGGAGCAGGAGAAAACAGCAAAGAUGAAGAUCGACGAGCCCAAGACUCCGUUUGCCCCACACUACGAUCCCGCCGAGGACGAGGAGGAACUGCGACUCGCAGAAGCAGAGGAGAGCCUGAUCGACGCGCAGGAUGUGGUGGUCGAUGAACUGGACAGGACCCAUAAGGGGCCUCGAAAGGGGAUGUCUGUGGAUGAUAUUCCUGACCUGGAACUCGGGGAGCCCGAAGAGUCAUCAUACGCAGUGGGCAGCGGAGAGGGGAAUCGGAUCGUCCGCGAGCGCAGCCUGAGCAACGACUCGCAUCGCAGCGACAAGCAUGUUGUUGUCGGGACAGGCGACGAGAACGGUGCCGGUGCGGAUGGGGAUCAUCUCAUGACGACCGAAGAGGCCAAAGAGAAGCAUCGUCAGUUUGAGCAGAUGCGCAAGAAGCAUUAUGAGAUGAGGAAUAUCAAGGAACUUCUAGCGCAUCCCGAAAACCUGGACGAGAUGGAAGAAGAUGAUGAUGACAACGACGACAAUGGCUCAGUAAAUCCAUCACGAUGA